AUGCAAAUUCAAGUCAAACCCAUCUUUCUGUUUCUCGGUGCGGUGUGCACUGUUGUCUGCCAUCCUCUAGACUGCCUCCCAACAGUCACCAUUAAGAAUGGCACCAUAGUUGGCGCUCGAAGCCCCACGUACAACCAAGAAUUCUUCCUUGGAGUCCCAUUUGCCUCUCCUCCCGUAGGAGACCUACGGCUACGGAAACCAGCGCCACCGAAAAGCUGGGAUGGUAUCCGUGUUACGAAUACCUAUAGCGACUGGUGUAUGGGCGUUGAUAUUGGUCUGCCUGGUUUCAGCCAGAAAGUUACUGGAAACAUGAGCGAGGAUUGCCUCUAUCUCAACAUUGUGCGCCCAGCCCAUGUUCCAGCGACUGCCAAGCUGCCAGUAAUGGCUUGGAUCCAUGGCGGUGGCUUUCUUGCAGGCAGUGCCAAUGACCUUCGAUACAACGGCUCAUUCCUCGUUGAGAAUUCGGUCAAGAUGGACACGCCUGUCAUCUUCGUGAGUUUGAACUACCGGCUUGGUGCUCUCGGCAUGAUGGCUUGUUCGGAAGCCGAGAAGGCUGGGUCGACAAACCUGUUUCUACACGACCAGAGGCAGGCUCUGGCUUGGAUACAAGAGAACAUCGCAAAUUUUGGCGGCGACCCGUCCAAGGUCACCAUCUUUGGCGAAUCUGCUGGUGCUAUCAGUGUUGGUCUGCAUCUCAUUGCAUACGGCGGUCGGGAUGACGGGCUUUUCAGCGCAGCCAUCAUGGAGAGCGGCAACCCAUAUUAUAGCAAGUUGAUUACACGUGACGAAGAUAAGGAGCGCAGUUUCAAGAAUCUUCUGGCCACUGCCAACUGUUCUAAGGCUCUUGAUUCUCUCGCCUGUCUCCGGAGUGCCCCAGUAUCGUCACUGCUGGAAGCUGCUUCCGACCCUAUCUCCAUCGAUGGAGAGAUUCUUCCGGAAUCGGGGGCCACAGCCAUGGCCAGCGGUCAUUUCAUCAAGGUGCCAACCAUUGUGGGGACAAAUCGAAACGAGGGCACAAAUAUCUUCGCCCUAGUUGCCAAACCUCCAGUUAACAGCUCUAGCGACUUCCAGGCCGUCCUUGAUGGCUUGAAUCCUUACAGCACUAUUACAGCAAAGGAUCACCGAAGCAUUUUGGAUUUAUAUAUGAAGGCAGCGAAGAGCCCCGGUGACGCGGGACUUGGUACCGUCUUGGCCGACUAUGCAGGAGACUACUACGGGGCAACAACUCUCAUGGUAGGAGACGCCGUGUUCAUUGCAGGCCGUCGCAGCACAAAUCAACACUUUGCUGCCCACCACGUCCCAACCUACAGCUACUUUUUCGAUACUACGACCGCCGUCUUGAGUGCUCAAGAAUACGGAGCGGCUCACUUCCAGGAGAUCCCCUUCGUGUUCGCCAAUACGCAAGGUGUCGGAUGGGAUGUCAACCCAUUCCCAGCUGGCCAUCAAGAGCCCUACCACAGACUGGCUGAGACCAUGAGCCGUAUGUGGAUUAGUUUUGCCACGACUCAUUGCCCGAACUUUCAUAAGCGUACGUCGACUAUCCCCGAUGCCUGA